AUAGGUUCUCUAUAAAACAAUUUCCUUGGUCGUGACUAUGGUCAUGUAAGAGGAUUUGGGUUUGGUGUGACUCGUAUAAGACUAUCUCUCUUGUCUCAACAAGAUAACAAGUACAAGGUUCUUGAAAAAGAAUAUUUGAAGAUGAAGGAGGAAAUGAUAGAAAUGAAAGUAAUUAUGUCAUGUUUUAUAAAGAAACAGGUAAUCUUUUUUCUUUAAGUAACUUACAUUCAUUUAAAUUAUUAUAGGUUGAACCUAAGGCAACAAAUAUUCCUUCAACUUUUCUAAUAUCAUCUUCAUCGGUAAAUUUAUUUAUAAUGUGAUGAAAAUUAUUGUUGAUUUCAUUAUUAUCUUAUUCUAAUAUCUCUUCUUUUUUUUUCUUUUCUUUUUUUUUUUUUUUGAGAUAGAGUAUCAAUAAAAAUAGUCAAAUUAAGUGCAAGUUAUUAGAUUGGUAUGACUCAUAAGAGAUUGUUGUAGAAGGACAAUGGUCUUCUAAUGAUCCAGCUGCUCUUAUUCAUCACAUUCCUAUUGAUCCACAUGUAGUUAAAGUAUGAGUUGAUAUAUCAAAGAAACCCAACACAUAUUUGUGGAGGCCAACAUCUGAGAUGACAUGUAUUAAAAAAGCUUUAGGCAAUACAGUUGCAUGGUCAUCUGAUAAAGUGAUUAUUGGAUUACUUGUUUGUCGUACAGGAAAAACUCCUAUUGAGCCAAACUUAAAAUUGCAAGCUGCAAAGGAUACAGAGAUAAAAGACAAAAGAAAAUACCAGAGACUCAUGGGAAGACUUAUUUAUCUAUCCCAUACUCAUCUAGAUAUUGCUUUUGCUGUUAGAAUGGUGAGCCAGUUCAUGCAUGCCCCUGAGCCAAUCCACUCUGAAGCUGUCUACAAAAUUCUAAGAUAUUUGAAAGAGAUUCUAGGAAAUGGGAUACUAUUUAAGAAGAAUGGUCAUUUACACGUGGAAAUUUAUAUUGAUGUUGAUUGGGCAAGUAGUACCAUAGAUAGAAGAUUAACUUCUGGGUAUUGUUCCUUUAUUAGUGGCAAUGUUGUUACAUGGUAAAGCAAAAAACAAAGUGUGGUAACCAAGAGUAGUGUUGAAGUAGAGUUCAGGGCUUUAGCACAUGACAUUUGUGAGGGCAUAUAGAUAAAAAGAUUAUUGAAAAUUUUGAAUUUAUCUAGGUAUUGCCUAUACAGAUUUACUGUGACAAUAAGUCACUAUCUUUAUAGCACACAACCCAGUCUUACAUGAUAGGACAAAACAUAUAGAAGUUGAUAAACACUUUAUAAAGAAGAAGAUUGAUACUGGAGUGAUAUGUACUACCUAUCUCCCUACAACUGAGCAAAUUGUGAUGUACUGACAAAGGGGCUUCCAAAAUUACAAUUCGACAAAUUGA